AUGGCGGCCGCGCUGGUCCGCUAGGGCGUCUGAGCGCAUGUCAGGAGGCGAGCUCCGCUCCAAUCAUGGCGGCCCCGCAGCCGGGGGCGGCUGCGCCGAGCGGGGUUCUGGAGCCAUGUGGUCUGGAGCAGAUUCUGGAAGCGCUGAAGCUGCUGCUGAGCCCGGGAGGAUCAGGCUCAAGUUCACUACAGAACACAAACCAUCAUGUCCUGCUGGAGACUCUAAAAUCUAACCUGUCUGCCUUGGAGGCCAAGUUUCUGAAGGAUGCUCAGGGGAAGAAGCUGAAAGUCCUGAGAGAUGAAAUUGCCGGUAAGGCCGAGUGGCUGCAGAGCUCUGACGACGUCACGUGGACUUUCACCUCUCAAACUUUGUUACUGCUGCUGUGCCUGAAGGAAACCAUGAGCCGCCUUGCAGCUGAUUUUAAUCCAGGUACACCCAACCCCAGGACUCCAGAAGCUGCUCCUGCCCUCAGUCCGGAUACGCUUAGUGUCUCCCAACAGAAGACCGUCCAGUCGGUUCUGCAGUUUGUAGUCACCUUGGGUGUCUGCCCCUACCUCAUGCCUGGUGUGGGAGUCCCUCUGAGAUACAGAACUGAGUUUGGAGCUGUUGUCCAAGAUGUAGUACGUCUGGAGGCUUCCCCCCAUGCCACCCGGAGACUGUACACCUGCUGCAGGGUCCUCCUAGAUCUGGCUCAGCAUGCCUCUCUGGGGAGCCUGAUUUUCUGUCGCCAUUUUGGAGAUAUUGCAGCAGGUCUGUGCCAGCUGGGGUUCUGCCCAACCAAAAGAAAAGCAGCAACCCCCGUGGAAGAGGUUUUAAUGGAAGAGGAGAGAACCCUAUCAAGGGGGGCCUUGAGAGACAUCUUGGAUCAAGUCUAUCAACCAUUAGCUGUCCGGGAAUUGCUUAUCCUCCAGGGAGGACCACCCCAGUCCUGUGCAGAUGUAAAGACACAGCUCCGGUGUCAGGCCCCAGCUUGGCUCCGGCGUCUAUGUGGGCAGCUGCUCUCUGAAAGGUUGAUGAGACCCAACGGUGUUCAGGCAGUAGUCCGGGGCAUUUUGGAAGGAGCAGGUGCGGGUGCUGCUGGAGGGAGUGAUGCCGAGGCCACGGCUGCUGACUGGAGGAAAUGUGACUUGAUUGCAAAGAUUCUGGCCUCUUGUCCCCAGCAGUCUCUUUCCCCAGAGAGCUACUACAGGGACAUCUGCCCACAGAUUCUGGACUUACUCCAUUUUCAAGAUAAAUUGACCGCACGCCAGUUUCAGAGAGUGGCCACCACCACCUUCAUCACGAUGUUGAGGGAACGCCCGGAACUGGCCCCAGAGCAUCUGCUUCGCCCCAUGCUAGCCCCUCUACAUCGGUGCUUGAGCACCGCAGAGAUUCCAGAGAGUGAUAUGGUGCCAGGAGCUAUUUUGGUGACUGAGGAAGAACUUAGUCGAUGUGUUGAAGAUGUGUUUAAGGUGUGUGUGGUGGCUAACGAGCCUCUCCCCGUGGUGCUGGACGCCCUGCUGCCGCUCCUCGGGGUGCUCUUUUCUCUCUACUGUUUUACCAAGCAGAGUGUGUCUCACAUAAGGUCACUUUGCCAAGAGAUCUUGUCAUGGAUUCUGGUGAAGCUGGAAAGGAAGAAGGCAGUUGCCAGCCUGAAAGGAUUUUCGGGGUUGGACAAGGCAGUGCCCUCCCUCCAUCCUCAGUGUCAGUUCAGAGCUGCCAUGCACGGUGGCAUUGUGAUUACCGUCAAAGAGGCCCUUAGCGAUGAUGAAGAUGAAGCCCUGUACCAGAAGGUGUCUUCGGAGCAGAGCCAGAUGGAGCAUCUUGGGGACUUGCUGUCCCACUGCCAGCAGUGUGGUUUGGCAGGAGACUUCUUCAUCUUUUGUUUGAAGGAGUUGUCUCAUCUGGUAGUGGAAAAUGAAGCAGAGGUCAAACCCACGCCCUCGUGUUCUACAAGCCUGUUGGAAUUAGAGCAACACCAGGCUCUCCUCAUAGAAGACCAAGAGCGGAAGCUGCUGGUUCUGCAGGUGCUGGCUGUUAUGUGUGAGAGAAUGUCUGAGCAGAUAUUUACACACAUCACUCAGGUGGUGGACUUUGUAGCAGCCACACUACAGAGAGCAUGCGCGAGCCUGGCCCAUGCGGCAGAGAGCACCGUGGAGUCCCAGACACUGAGCAUGUGCAUGGGCCUGGUGGCCGUCAUGCUAGGAGGAGCUGUUCAGUUGAAAUCCAGUGAUUUUGCAGUUCUGAAGCAGCUGCUGCCUCUGUUGGAGAAGGUCUCUAAUACAUACCCUGACCCUGUCAUCCAAGAACUCGCUGUUGAUCUCCGAAUUACCAUCUCUACUCAUGGAGCCUUUUCCACUGAGGCUGUAAGUACAGCUGCCCAAAGGACCCUGGACAAAAAAGACCCGAAAUGGAAAAUAGAAGAACCGCAACAAACCAGUCAUGACACGCCCACAGAAGCAGCUCAGAACCACCCUGAACAAGAACAGGACCCCCCAAGAACAGGCCAGGAGUCCAGUGAGCCACCUAGAGGUGUAACCACAGAACAGUUGCGGGAGGUUCUCUUAUCAGCCUGUGAUCCCCAGAUUCCAACCCGGGCUGCUGCUCUGCGCACUCUUUCCCGCUGGGUAGAGCAGAGAGAAGCAAGAGCCCUCGAGGAACAAAAGAAGCUUCUCCAGAUAUUCUUGGAGAAUUUGGAGCAUGAGGACACUUUUGUGUAUCUAUCUGCAAUUCAGGGGGUGGCCCUUCUCUCAGAUGUGUACCCUGAGGAAAUCUUGGUUGACCUGUUGGCCAAAUACGAUAGUGGUAAAGACAAGCACACUCCAGAGACCAGAAUGAAAGUUGGGGAGGUCCUGAUGCGAAUUGUCAGAGCAUUAGGGGACAUGGUCUCAAAAUACCGGGAACCUUUGAUCCAUACAUUCCUGCGGGGAGUGAAGGAUCCAGAUGCUGCACACAGGGCCAGCAGCUUAGCCAACCUGGGAGAGCUGUGCCAGCGCCUGGACUUCCUGCUGGGCCCCGUGGUCCAUGAGGUGACAACCUGCCUCAUGGCUGUGGCUAAGACAGACAGCGACGUUCAGGUGCGCAGAGCCGCGGUCCACGUGGUUGUGCUGCUGCUUCGGGGACUCAGCCAGAAAGCAACUGAGGUGCUGAGCGAUGUCCUCAAGGAUCUCUAUCACCUGCUGAAACAUGUGGUACGUUUGGAACCUGAUGAUGUGGCCAAGCUACAUGCCCAGCUGGCCCUGGAAGAGCUGGAUGAGAUCAUGAGGAACUUCCUGUUCCCUCCCCAGAAGCUGGAGAAGAAGAUCGUGGUCCUGCCAUAGACCUGGCUCAUAGGACAUGGAAAAAGCCAGGGAGGGACCAAGCAGCCGAAGCGAAGGCCACACACCUCCCAGCAGGUGGCUCCACCGCCUCCUUGGUGCUAGCAAUAUGGCAGGCUUUAAGGUAGUUUUAUGGUGCAGGGCACUUGGAUGUUCAGGGCUACCUUUCUAGAGAGAGCAUCCAUUAGUCAUCCUGCAUCUGGCCCAAAGCACGUGCAGUUAGAAGAAAGAGGAUGAAUUCCAUCUACUCUGCACAUUUUCAUUGUCCUGUGCUAUUUAGAGGAGAUACGCAUGUGACUGUUGACCAUUUCCUUGCAGCUGGAGAGGCUGCCUGCACAGGUCCUAUCUUGACAUUCUUUCAUGGUGAGAUGACUCUGCCUGUGAUAAUGAGGAGCAGGCAGAGCUAGCAUGUUUGGCUGCUCAAGAGUCAUUUGGGUGUGCAGCUGUGGGAAGGGGGAGGAGGCAUUACUUAAACAUACAAAAAGGAAUAAACUUACCUUGGUUGGAAAGAUCA